AUGAAUACCCUCCUCCUCGCCCAACUCAUCAUCUACAUCAUCCUCAUCCAACCCAUCACCUACAUCACCUACCGUCACGGUCUACACGGCCUCCUAGGAUGGGGCUAUCUCAGCAUAUUCUGCACCCUCCGCAUCGUCGGCGGCGGAUUGGGUUUUAAUAGAGACAGCACAGUCGCAUAUAUCAUCAACAGCGUUGGCAUUUCACCAUUACUCCUCGCUGUGGAUGGGGUUCUGCAUGAAGCAAAAACAUACCGUAACCCACACCUCCACAAAGCCUUCCACUGGGCUUUUGUCAUCAUCAUGCACAUGACAGUCAUGGGAGCAGUCGUGGUAGCAGCCAAAGGAGCUGCAGGGCUCGCGGGGAAUAAUCCCACCUCCACCGAUACCAACCUAUUGCAGGCUGGAAUCGCUAUUCUCGAGACCUGCUGGGCUAUCUUGGUUAUUUGGGCUCUGUUUGCGCUGCUACCUGCUCAGCGGGCGAAGAAUGCACCGGGGUAUAAGGAGGGGAGUACUUUGUUAUAUGGGUCUCUAAUCGCCUUAGUUUUCAUCGGCAUCAGAGUCCUCUACGCCCUGGUCGCAGACUGUACGCAAGAUGCAAAGUUGAAUCCCAUGAGUGGUGAAUUGGCUAUUCGGGUGGUUCUGGGUUUGAUUUCGGAGCUUGUUACAGUUCUUGUUUUCAUUUAUGUUGGUGUUCGGACGUUGGAUGUCAGGAAGUAUGCUGGGGUGGAUGCUAGGAAGAGUGAAGAUAGAAGUGUGGAGAAUUGGGCGUGAGGGAUUGCACUGUCUUUUUAUUACUGCCUUAUCUUUCAGUAUAGCAUGCUUGUUUUCAAAUUAUAUAGAAUAGUUAGAUAGAAUAUAGACAUGAGACAUGAC